CGGCGCGCCUAGCUACCUACUGCCAAAGCCUAUCAGGUUCUCGGCUGCACCCCAAAGCAACACACGUGUUUUUUCAUUUUAAUAAAAAAAUUUUGUCCCAUUUCCUUUCCAGGUAUAAUAUAGUCAUCAGCAACAUCUGCCGACCCGAUCCUCAUUCAAAUGCUUGAUAUUUUUAAUCAGGUUAAAAUAAUUGAAACUCAUUAUUUAGAUAGAAUAUUACUUUUAAAAACCCAAUUGGAUCUGAUUUAAAAAAAAAGAAUGGGGAAAGAAAUUCGGCGGUCCCAAAGUGAGCCAUCUCCUCUCAUUUUUUGGCAUUCUCUUUAAUUGGUUUUAGGAAAAGCAGAAACGAGGUUCCAAAAUUUGUAAUUCAUUUACCUAUUAUUAUAAGCAAACAUCAUUUUAUGAAAUCCCUCAGAUUCUCCUAAUUUCUAGAUAUCCUUCAAUAAAUCCCUUCUCAUUUCAUUUUAACAUCAAUAUCCCCUUCAGAAUUUUCAAUUAUAUUCUCACCUUUUUCCAUUAUAAAUAAAUGACUACCGCCGCGCUUUUCUUUUACUCCUUUUUUCCCUCUCCCAUUUUCCCUAAUCAAUUCAAACACUACUUUUUGUUUCCCUUGGUUCUCUCUCUUUUUUUCUUUCAUUAAUUAAUCGAUUUAUUUAACCUUUUUUUUUGCUGCAAAGUCAUUGUUAUUGUUUGCAUUUUCUGGGGGGAAGCUGGAAUGUGAAGAGCUUCGUUAUGUUACAGAAGCAAAGCAGCAGUGUUCGUUUCUUCUUCAAUCAAAUCUCUAACUGUAACCAUAAGGGAAACGAUAUUUUCAUGGCGUUUUUGGCCCGUAACGACUCCCUUUUUUCCAGGCACCUUCACACGUCGCCCAACGACCAGCGCCGUUGCUUCCAGUUCUUGGGCAAACUCGUGCCGCUCGAAAAUUACAAUGUCAGCCGCUGCGGCAGCGGCGGCGAUUUCAAGUUCAACAAAGCGGCCUCUGGCUUAAAUUUGACUGUCAAAAGUUGCCUCAAUGAUUCGCCGAGAAAGUGGGAUCAGAAAGCACUCGCCUUCGCUUCCCAAUUGGCGAGCGAAUUAGAAAUCUCUAAACAUGAUGAACCCCAGAAAAGGGCGAAUACAGUGGCUGAUUCUCGUGGCUUGUCUCAAAGAGGGACUCUUGAUUUUCCUGACAAGCCGUUGCCUGAGAAAAUCGUGGUUGCUGUCGAUGUCGAUGAAGUACUGGGAAACUUUGUGUCGGCUUUGAAUAGAUUUAUAGCGGAUCGUUAUUCGUUAAAUCAUUCAGUUUCGGAGUACCAUGUUUACGAGUUUUUCAGGAUAUGGAACUGUUCUCGUGAUGAAGCUGAUAUCCGUGUCCAUGAGUUCUUCAAGACACCAUACUUCAAGAAUGGUAUCCAUCCACUCCCAGGCGCUCAGAGGGCGCUUCACAAGUUAUCUAGAUUCUGUAACCUUUCCGUUGUAACGUCUCGGCAGAAUGUGAUCAAGGACCAUACAAUUGAGUGGUUAGAGAAGCAUUAUCCCGGACUUUUUCAUGAGAUUCACUUUGGCAACCAUUUUGCUCUUGAUGGUGAAUCUAGACCCAAGUCAGAGAUAUGCCGGUUGUUAGGAGCCAAGAUCCUAAUUGAUGAUAACCCUAGAUAUGCUAUUGAGUGUGCUCAAGUUGGAAUCAGGGUUCUGCUUUUUGAUUACGAGAAUUCUUAUCCUUGGUGUAAGACGCAAUCAAUUGAUGAACAUCCUCUGGUGACUAAAGUGCAUAGCUGGGAAGAAGUGGAACAACAAAUAGCGUCUUGGAUCGUUAGUUCUACCAUCCUUUAAUAUGGUCUUUAUGGGCAAAUCAACCAUUAAGGAGACCACCCAAAAUUGGGGACAUGGUUGUAUUGACAUUGAAGACAGAAACUGGAAGGAAUGUGAGUGGAAUAAUGCAUUAAUGUAAUUAGUAAUUCCGUAGAGUACGGAGGGUUCCACUGAAGAAGGAAAGUUUUCUUUUUAGCUAUCCUUUUGUCCAGUUUGAGUUUAGGGGGAAAAAACAUUAGUGAGAUCCAAAUUGGGUGAAGUGACGUAUCAUUGAGUUGCUCAACUGGCUAUAAUAUCCAAAUUCAAGGUUCUUUUCCAACUGUAGUAUCAAGUUUUGUAUUUUUUUCCUUUACUUGCAAGGGUUCUUUUGUUUAGUAAUAAUGAUGACAUGCAAAGCCUAUGUGAAGGAGUAGAUCAUUAGCAUCUGCAGUGAAUCCACCUGACAGGUAGCCGUGCAUUACAAUUUACAAAUAAACUCUUUCCAUCAAUGGCAUUCAAAUAGUGUUUAUAUAUUCAUUUACUAAAUAACAUCUGUUGUUUACAUGCCCCUCGAAAUAAACUAUAUAUGCAUUUUUACGUAUUGGAGUAUGCACAUUAUAUACUUACAUAAGCACUUUAUGCUUUGAAAUGUCUGGUUUUAAACCGGCAUUUAUAUCCACUCCCCGAGAAUCAUAGAUAUCUUGAGAAAUGGUGGUCACUCGGUUUUCUCCAU